AAAAGCUUAUCCAUAAUCCACUUGUGUAAACUCCCCUGGAAUUUAUAUUGAAGUAUUCAGUGGUUCUUUUGGUAUUUCAAGCCAACAUCUAGCAUAUGUAUGCUCGGAGCUACUUCAUGUAAAACAGGUCAAAGAUGCCCCCCCACAAAUAUGUAACUUCUCUUCUAUUGCUUAUUGUGUUCUUGUCAUGGAGAAUUUGUCAUGGAGGAAAUAUAUUGAUUGUUCCUUUAGAGGGAAGCCACUGGGUGAACAUGGACAUCAUGAUCAAAGCUCUCCACUCUCGAGGACACUCUGUAGAUGUGGUACGAACCAAUACAACCUGGUACAUCCAGGAUGACUCUCUGCACUACAAGACAAUCACGGUUCCUGUCACUGAAGCCUUUAAUCAGGACUUCAUUAACCCAAUCCUGAAAAAGGUCAUUGACAUAGAAAGGGGGGAGAGCUCAGUUUUGAGCUUUGCAAGUUUGCAGGCUGAGAUGUUUACUGCAAUGUUUAACGUGCAUAGAAUAAUGUGCAAAAUGGCUACUAACAUGUUUGAAGAUAAAGACUUAAUGGAUACUUUAAAGGACAGAAAGUAUGACCUGGUCUUAACAGAUCCGGCAUGGGGUGCAGGCAUAAUGUUGGCUCAUGCUCUUAAGCUGCCUCUGGUCUAUAAUGUGCGGUGGAUAACUAGCGGAGAGGGACAUAUGGCCAUUGCACCUUCUCCUUUAUCUUAUAUCCCAUUGACCGGCUCAGGACUGUCAGACAAAAUGACUUUCAUUCAAAGAGUAAAAAAUCACCUUUUCUCUAUCAUUUGGCAAGUUCAGGACAGAUUUUUAAUCCGUCCACAUUAUCAAGCUGUUUGUGACCGGUUCUUUAGCCCGGAGGUCAGAUAUAUUGAUUUAUUACAUGGAGCAGACCUGUGGCUCAUGAGAGUGGACUUUGUGUUUGAGUUCCCUCGUCCCACCAUGCCUAAUGUUGUCUAUAUGGGAGGGUUCCAGUGCAAACCAGCACAACCUCUACCUGAACACUUGGAGGAGUUUGUGCAGAGCUCUGGAGAGCACGGGGUCAUCAUCAUGUCUCUGGGGACUUUCGUGAAUGAGCUUCCUGCUGAAAUAACAAAUGAGAUUGCUGCAACUUUUGCUAAAUUACCGCAGAAAGUCAUCUGGAAGCAUAAAGGGGGGAGACCAGCCACUCUGGGCAACAAUACUUUGAUAGUAGACUGGAUGCCACAGAAUGAUCUUUUAGGACAUCCCAAGAUGAAGCUGUUUGUGGCUCAUGGAGGAACAAACGGAGUUCAAGAAGCUAUUUAUCACGGUGUCCCAGUUGUGGGUCUGCCUGUGUUUUUUGACCAAUAUGACAACCUGCUGCGUCUGCAAGAGAGAGGAGCGGCUAUGAUUCUUACAUUAGCCACAGUGGACAAGGACAACAACUUCCUGAAGGCCAUACAGGAAGUCUUGAACGAGCCGUCCUACAGGAUGAACAUGCAGAGGCUCUCCAGGCUGCACAGAGAUCAGCCAAUGAAGCCGCUGGAUACGGCCCUCUUCUGGAUAGAGUUUGUCAUGAGACACAAAGGUGCAGCUCACCUGAGAACUGAGUCCUACAGGAUGCCCUGGUACUCCUACCACUCUGUCGAUGUGGCGCUCUUCUUACUAACGAUUGCAUUGGUUGUUUUGUUAAUUGUUAUUGGGUUAGUGUGGUCAUGCUUUAGAUUGUGUUGUAAAAGUAAAGUAAAAUCUGACAAAACAGUGAAGAAGGAAUGAUCAUUUUCACAUUAGUUAAUAUUUUGCUAUGUGACAGCCCAUCUAGCUGUGAUCAGUUAAAUAUUGAAAGGACUAGAGGUGUUACCUGUUGAUGUGGUUCUGUCCUUUUUGGCUGCUGUUGCAGUGAUUGCUUUUCUGCCUCUUGU